GGUGCUGCUGGAGUGCUGGUAGGACACCCAUUUGACACUGUUAAGAUGACAGAUAAGCCUCAUCACGGGAGAGUUACCUAGUUCGUCUACAAGUUCAAAAUGUAGAGAAACCUCUCUACCGUGGGACCUUCCAUUGCUUUCAGUCCAUCAUAAAGCAAGAAUCUGCUUUUGGACUCUAUAAAGGUAUUGGGUCACCAAUGAUGGGACUUACCUUCAUUAAUGCGCUUGUGUUCGGUGUACAAGGAAACACGCUUCGUGCUCUGGGAAAAGACACUCCUCUCAACCAGUUCCUUGCAGGGUCAGCGGCAGGGGCUAUCCAGUGCAUCAUCUGCUGCCCCAUGGAGUUGGCAAAGACAAGAAUGCAGCUCCAAGGAACAGGUGAAUACAAACUAAAAAUGAAGCUCUACAAAAAUUCUCUGGAUUGUUUGAUCAAAAUCUAUCGAAAGGAAGGGCUGAGGGGUAUCAACAGGGGCAUGGUCUCUACGUUCAUAAGAGAGACUCCAAGCUUUGGCUUUUACUUCCUAACCUAUGACUGCAUGACCAGGUAUUUAGGCUGUGAAGCUGAAGACAGUUAUGUUAUUCCCAAACUGCUAUUUUCGGGGGGGAUGUCAGGAAUCGUGUCCUGGCUCUCAACCUAUCCCGUGGAUGUGAUCAAGUCCCGGCUUCAGGCCGAUGGAGUCGGAGGCGUUACCCAAUACAACGGCAUUUUAGACUGCGUCAGAAAGAGUUACCACGAAGAAGGCUGGAGGGUGUUCACAAGAGGUCUUACUUCCACCCUUCUCCGUGCUUUUCCUGUCAACGCAGCUACCUUUGCCACUGUCACUGUGUUCCUAAUGUAUAUGAGGUCAGAAGACAACCUUCGUGAAUGUGAACCGGGUCCAGUAAUCCAGCAGCCUUCCAGUUUGUGA